AUGACGCUCUUCCAGGGACGGUAUAUCAUCAUUCUCAUGGGCCUGUUCUCCAUCUACACCGGAGCCAUCUACAACGACAUCUUCUCAAAGCAGAUGUGGAUUUACCCCACGGGAUGGGACCUGCCAACGGAACCCUUCAACGGCACAUACAAGCUCAACACGACUGGCCUGUGCUACGCCGCUGACUCGCCCGACUUGUGCCCGAUGUGCCCUGAUGGCUGUGGAUGGAAUGGCAAUCCGUAUCCCGUGGGUGUAGACCCCACAUGGACACUGGCAGAGAACAAGCUCAACCAAUUGAAUUCGUUCAAGAUGAAGCUGUCUGUGCUCAUCGGAGUGGUGCACAUGAGUGUGGCUAUAUGUCUGCAGUGUGUCAAUCAUCUGCACUUCGGCCAGUCCUACCGCAUUUGGGCUGAAUUCUUCCCUCAAUUCAUCUUCCUGAUAGCCAUCUUUGGAUACAUGGACAUCAUGAUCCUAAUGAAGUGGUGUAUGACCUUUGACACCAUUUGUAUUCCUGCGCUGGAUCAGUCGUGUCCCUUGGAGAACUCCGUGCCCCCGGGUGACGUCAUGCGGAUACAAACAGACCCCAACCUGCUGGUGACCAUGGUCAACAUGUUCUUGGCCCCUGGCACGGUGUCGUAUGAGGACAACACGUAUCUGUACCCAGGGCAGGCAGUGGCGCAGACCAUUCUGGUUGUGCUGGCGUUGUGCUGCAUCCCGUGGAUGUUGAUCGCUAAACCCGUUGUCAUGAAACAGCAAAUGCAGAAGCAGAAGAUGAUUUCUCGGCCGUUGGAAGGGCCGCCUGACGAAGGAGAGGGGCAUCAGGUGGUCAUUGCCAGCAGCGACGCAGAACACGACCACGAGGACUUCAGCGAAGUGGUGGUGGAGCAGUGCAUCCACACAAUUGAGUUUACGCUGUCGUCCGUUUCCAACACGGCGUCCUACCUUCGUCUGUGGGCGUUGUCGCUGGCCCAUGCGCAGCUGUCGGAAGUGCUGUGGGAAAUGGUCCUGAUGAAAGGAUUUGAGGUCGAGGGGGUUGCCGGAGCGUUUGUGCUGUUCUUUGCGUUUGGCCUGUGGUCUGUGUUGACUAUGGCCAUUCUGAUUGGAAUGGAGGGCAUGAGUGCCUUCCUGCAUGCAUUGCGUCUGCAUUGGGUGGAGUUCAAUAGCAAGUACUACGAUGGUGUAGGGUACUACUUCCAGCCCUAUGCUUUCAAAGAUAUUCUCAAUAGUUCUAAUUGAGAGCAACUCAAUUAGACUUAAUUACGACCGAUCUGAUAGGUAACCAAUCACCUUAAGCCCUAAAAUGUGCCCAACGCGCCAUAGUCCCUCCCACACGAGCUCCAUGUGGAGCCGAGUCAGUGGGUGUCGCCAACAGCAAUCAAUCGCACAGCCAUAUGGUGCAUACCCCGUAGUCAUCGGAGAAGUAUCGGCUGCCCUCCUCAAUUCAGGAAUAGUUGAUUCGAAACAAAAGCGCACCCAAUAAAUAGAAUAAUGUUUG